UCAUUACGAAAAUCGACAAGACAAAAUCAGCUGUUUGGUUAACCUGUCGAUUAUCGCGAACUAAACGACAAUAAUUUUGGUGUUGUUAAAUCAAACGAUAAAGAAGAAUUAGUGAUUUUAAUCAAAACUGUGAAAUUAGAUGAAAAAAAACUUAUUUAAAAAGCGGGAGUAUGGCGUUUGAGUAUUUGGCUUACGAUUUAUCGCGUGGAGAGGAGGAAGUGAGCCCUCAAAUAGUUGAUCGAAGUUUGCUCCGGCAUGUGGACAAUCCUUUCGAUUUGGAUGCAGGGGAGUUCCAGAAGUUAUUCCGUUUAACUCCAGACUUGACUGAGGACGUAGUUUCGCAGCUUGACAGCCAUCUUAGAGGUUCCAGAAUAACAGCGAUUUCGACUGAAAAACAGGUUCUAGCUGCACUGCGAUUUUUUGCAACCGGGUGUUAUCAACGACCCGUAGGUGAGCAAUGGGGAAUAUCUAUGAGCCAGUCGUCCGUUAGCCGUAGCAUUCAUCGGGUAACAGCUGCAAUCAACAGCUCCAUGUUUUGCGCAAAGGUGAGAUUUCCCAUGACCCAAGUGGAGCGGCAAGCGGCAAAAGAAAUUUUUGCUUCAGCAACCUCCCCGUUUGUGGGAGGUACCAUUGGAGCUAUCGAUUGCACGCACGUGUCAAUUUUGGCCCCGAAACGUCAUGAAGAAGCGUAUGUCAACCACCACGGCUACCAUUCGCUUAAUGUCCAAAUGAUAUGUGAUCCUACACUUAAAAUUUUAAACGUAAAUGCCAAAUUUCCGGGAGCACGGCACGAUUCAUACAUUUGGAGUUCCUCUGCGGUGCGAAUGGUUAUGCAACGGAAUUUUGAAAUUGGAAACCAUAACUUGUUUUUGAUUGGUGAUUCCGGGUACCCUUUGGAGCCUUGGCUGAUGACUCCUCUAACAAACCAACCGGAGGGUACUCCGAAAUUCUUGUACAAUGAGGCAUUCUGCAAAGCUCGUAACCCAGUUGAGAGACUUUUUGGUGUUCUUAAGGCAACGUGGCGGUGCUUGUCUCAACAAAGGACACUCUUGUACGAUCCAGGAUUUACUGGACAAAUUCAAUAA